AUAAUAAAAUUAAUGGUAAAUUUCAUGGUCAACUUCAUGAUCAGAAUGAUUUAGACCAUGAAAUUGAUCACGAAAUUGACCUCAAAAAGGAUGAUAUUAUUGAUGUUUUCCCUAAGACAAUAUCAACCUUAUUUCCUCUUUGGAAACCAUCUACCGAAAAAGUUGAGGAUGUAGAAAUAGAAUCAAAAGGAACAAACGAUAUGCUUAUUUUUCAACCUUUUAAUGAACUAUUAAAGGAACGAUUUGAAGGCUAUAUUCAGCCCAGAUAUGAACGAAUCGGUCAGCAACUUUAUGAUGCUUUAGUUGAGAAAUGUCGCUUAUGGAAGCAUUUACGUUCUCUUGCAGGGUUAUAUUUCAUGCAGCAAGGAGAAUCAAUGCACCUGUUAUGUGAUGUCUUAUUUGACAGGAUAGAUAAAAAACAAAUGUGGUAUGAUACAUAUAUUCUCAAUGAUAUUUUUUUGAAUACAGUGAGGAAAUGGAAAUGGUUGGAUGGAGGUCUGGUCAGCGUGUGGAUAGACGACAUACCUGGAAAAAAGCCUAAUAUCACUACUGUUAGAGUAUUUGAAAAAAUUGUCAUUGAGUAUCGGAUUCCAUGGCCUAUUAACAACAUAAUGCAAAGUAAAACCUUACAAUAUUACAAACGCAUAGCGGUUUUUCUACUCCAAGUGAAGCGAGCCAAGUAUCUUUUAGAACGUCUUUCGUUUUCACACUUAAGUAGGGACAAUGAAAUGGCAGAAAAGACAACUGCCAUGGUCUUGUUUUAUGGUGUUAGAAUUAAGUUAAUAUGGUUUUUGAAUACAAUAUGGGAUUACGCGAUGAGAAAUAUACUACUUUCGGAAACGGAAAAUUUUUACAAGAAAUUAGAAAAAGUUUUUGAUAUUGAUGAGAUGGUUUCAUUGCAUGACCACUAUAUUCAUGCUGUAUAUAAUCGAUGUUUGCUCAGUGAUAAGACCAUUCCCAUUCAUAAAUCUAUAUUAGACGUUCUCGACUUGACAAUUCAAUUCAGUAUACUUUAUACACGUUAUCAAGGAGAAAAUAUAUCUUUUUAUGAUCAUUCACGGGAUGGCAAAUCAAAGAAAUACGAAGAUACUUCAGACUCUGAUUCUGAUACAUUCUUAACGGAUGAUGACGAUGAUGAGUGGAAUGGGCAAAACACAAAUGGUGAACCUAUUAUACCUGUACAAGUAGACUAUGAAGUGUUCCUUGAAGGUUUAAGUAGAAUUGAUAAAGAGUUUAAUAGGAAUAAAGAGUUUAUAAGUAAUUCUGUUCAGACAAUUGCUCGAGUUGGUGGGUUCUGGUGGUUCGAUGCUUUGGCAUUAGCACUAGGCUGA